AAUAGCAAUAAUUGGUUUUCUCACUUUAUACUCUACUCAAUUUAGAGAUUUGAGUCAAAUCAUGAUAAUUUUUUUAUGGUUGAGUGUGACGUCAAAGAACUUUCAUAUGCCUUCUAAUUUCUCUCUUAUCCAACCCCAUAUGCAUUCAAAUACCUACUUUCAAACCAAGACUCAAGAAGACUGCAUUAGAAACUUGUAGGUAACUUUAAAUGUAAAGCAGCACUCUUUUUAAUUCAAAAUGUAAGUGGAAAAAGGUAGUUGAAACUUGAAAGUUACUUAACUUAGGGUGAAGGGAUGUUAUAACAAAACUACAGUUGUUAGAUUUAAGUUACAGCAAAUACUUCCUUCCAGUCACACCUAUAGUUUUGUUAUAACACUACAUGACCCUAAGGUUGGAUUGGAUUAAUAACAGAACUCUCCUUUCUUUAUCUUAUCUUUCUAUGUAUCCCUUCAAUACACAUCUUAGACUUCAUUGGAAGGUGAGACAAUAUUAACGAUUAUAAAAAUGGACAGAAACCAAAGCAUACAUGUUUUUGAUUUGUCUUUCUAAUUUUCAAAUCACCAGCACAAAACAAAGGCUACAAGAAGUUAAUAACCACUUACACUUGGAAAAAGUAAUAAUACUCUUUAAAAAUUAUUAUUUUAAACGUGAACUUCUGCAAACCAUCAUGCAUCAACUUAGUUUUUCACAUGUCAAUGAGACAGGUAACUGCAACAAACAAAAUGAUAACAUAAAUAAAUAGGUGUCUAGCUGGGAAAACUGCAUAAACAUCGCCGCCAAGUAACCAAUAUAACAGUAGCUGAAGAUCAAAAAGACUUCCCUUGUCUUCAAUAUGUCCUGUGAUAGGCAGACAAUUUCAUGGACUAAAAGGUAAUUAUGCUAGAAAACAGGUCUUCUAACCUCCAGGCUCCAGACAAAAGCUCCAUUUACAAUGCAUGCAUAAUGCAUUGCUAAGUACAAAGUAUUAUAUUGUAAAGAUGCCAUUUUGUAAGAAACCAUGCGGUUCCCAAGAAAAAAAAAUUGAGAAAUGAGUUGGAAGCUUGAUGCAUAGGGAGUACAGCCAGAUCAUGGUGAGGUAGCUGAGAUCGUAAUCAAGAAGAUAUAAUUGUAUACUAAUUAGGUGACAUUUGAGGAACAAAAAUAUUCUUCUUGUCUCCCUUUAUUGGUUACUUUUGUUUGCUAUAUAUGAAGCGAAAAUAUUCAACCAUUAUAACUCAAGUUUUGAAACAAUCUCUUGUAUACCUUCUGACUUUCUGUUCUCUAAGAAGAAAAAAUGGCAGUCAAUGAAACAAAGACAAAGAGCUCUCUGCAUCUUCGCAGCAACAGUUUUCCCUCUACAUCUCACCCUCUUAUAUCACAAUUUGAGGAUAAUUUGCAAAGAUUGAAGAGUUCUGAAGGAACUUCUUCACUGUCAUCAUCUUUGAUAUGCCACCGACUUAAUGAAAUGCAGGAUUUGCAUGACUGUAUUGAUAGGUUGCUUCAAUUGCCAAUUGAACAACAAGCCUUGAUUCAAGAGUGCAACGAAAAAUGGGUUGAUGAACUACUAGAAAAUUCUCUUAGAAUCUUGGAUAUCUGUUGUACAGCAAAAGAUUGCUUAUUGUUAUCUAAGGAAAGCAUCCAUGAACUUCAAUCAGUCAUCAGAAGGAGAGGCAAUGAAACUGGAUUGGUAAUUGAGGGUGUAAAAUACUUGGCUUUGAGGAAGAACGUGAAGAAGCAAAUCCGAAAAGCCUUAGCAAAUUUGAAAGCAAUGAAGAAUGAGUUUAUGGCUUCUUCUACAAAGAAAGACAAUAACUCUUCACCUAUGCUUGGAUUUUUGAAAGAAACAGAAGCAGUCACCUUGAGCUCACUAGAAAAAUUAUUAGAAUUUACCUCUGAUCCAAAAGGACACUCAAAACACAGAAGAUGGUCAGCAAUAUCCAAGUUGAUGAAUCCUAAAAGAGCAGUCUGUGACUCACAAGAAUCAGACACUAAUGAAUUUGAGAAGGUGGAUACCACUUUGCAGUCUCUCAUCAGUCACAAGUCUUCAUCUACUGAAAAUUUUCAAAAUGACAUGGAAAAUUUGGAGAUGUGCAUUCAAGAUCUAGAAAUAGGAGUUGAGCACAUCUCAAGAAAAUUAAUUAGAAAUAGAGUUUCCCUUCUUAACAUCUUCAACCACUAAUCAUACUGUCUAAUGAUUUGUGUGCACUCAAUUUUCCCCCAUGAGUGUUAAAGAACUGUACAUGAUUGUGAUUAUAUCUUCUCUUUGAUACUGAAUAUAAUUUAAUUUUAGGGAUCAAACCCUUAUUAGUUCAA